AUGAAGAAACGUGCUUCUCGUUCGGUGGUGGCAAAAUCAGCCAAGCUGAAAACGCUUUUGCGGCAAAGAGCGAACAUUUUGGGCUCUGCCGCGUUGAUCAAAAAGUUCAACGAUCAAUAUCAGCAAGGUCAAUUCCACCAAGUCAAGGUGAGGAUCGACACUCUCGAUCGUCUGUGGGCUGAAUUCGCACACAUCCAGGACGAGAUUGAAGAAAUUGAAGAUGGCGUCACCGGUGAUGAUACCGAUGACGAAGAAGAGCCAGCCAUGUCUGCACAACGGGUACAGUUCCAAACAAUGUACCACGAGCUGAAAGCUUCUCUCGUUAGUAAGCUGCCGCUGGAUCCCCCACCCUCCGGCUCAGCAGUCAGUCGUCCUCCGGUUCAACCAAUGCAAUCUGUGCGGUUGCCGGAAAUCCACAUUCCAGAUUUUUGUGGCAAUCCAUCCAAAUGGAUAGCCUUUCGGGACAUUUUUCGGUCCAUGAUCCAUUCAAGCGUUCAUCUCUCGUCGGUGCAGAAAAUGCACUACCUGAAAGCGGCUCUCACAGGCGAGGCCGCGCGCAUAAUCGCAUAUUUUGAAGUUAAUUCCGACAAUUAUGCUGCAGCAUGGAAAUCGAUUUGUGAGCGAUAUGAUAAUCCGAAUCUACUACGGAAACAUCAUUUCGCGGCUCUUUUCGCUAUUCCUUCGGUGAAGAGAGCUUCCUCGUCGUCGCUAUACGAACUCGUUGAUGAGUUUGAUCAUCAUGUGGGAGUAUUGGGAAAGCUGGAUACGCCAGCUGACUUGUGGGACACAGUGCUCGUCGAAACCCUCAGUAAGCGUUUGGAUCCUGCUACUCUGAAGGAGUGGGAGAACAGUUGUCAGGAAAAUUCUGUUAAACUGCUUCAAACGCCCAAUCACCCUGUCGAAACCAAACCCUCGAAACCCAAAUCGAUUUCCACCCACGUUGCUACGGAGGUUACGAACAAGUGUCCGCUUUGCAAAGACGCCCAUCCUCUUUUCAAAUGCGAUCAGUUUGUCGGAAUGGAGGCGAAACAACGCUUUGAGAUGGUGAAGAAAAAUGGAUUGUGCAUCAACUGCCUGAAGGGGCCACAUCUCGCCAAGAACUGCAGCAGUGGAAGCUGCAGAAAUUGCUCCAAGAAACACCACACCCUUUUGCAUCUGCCGCCACUAGCCGUGGCUGCGAAACCGUCGUCGUCUCAAACAACGCUGGCGUGCUCUACGGCCAGUGAAGUGAUUCCUCCAGCUCAACCUCAAGUGUCGUCGAACUCGUCCGUAGUCGCCUCGCACUCGUUUUCCUCACCACCAUCGCGUUCGCAACAGCCACCCGUCGGGGCUAUGUCGUCUGGCCCGGUAAACUCGUUCUCGUAUUCGGUCGUCGUUGCUCCCUCCCCGUCGCCGGUUGAUUCGUCCGCUUCGCAAUCGAUCGGAAAAAGUCUCGAAUUGAACUCUUCUCCUUUGGCCUCCUGUGUUGCUCCACAAAGCGUUCCCGUACGUGCCCCCUGCGAUGAAGUUUUCCUAUCAACGGUAGCUGUCAAGGUGAAAGACUCCAACGGCAACCCUCGCUACGUUCGUGGGGUUCUGGAUAGCUGCUCCCAAGCAAAUUUCAUCUCGGAAGCUCUGGCGCGCAAGCUGGAGUUGAAACGCGAUAGAAUCAGCAUCGAUGUUAGUGGUAUUGGCCAGGGAAUCGUCCAUAUUCGCUCUAAAGUAUUGAUCAGGAUCUCGUCUCGCUUCGGAGGAUUAGACUACCCUCUCGAAUGUCUCGUUAUCCCACAAAUCACGGUCACGCUUCCAAGUAAGCACAUCGACAUUUCGGACUGGAAUCUCCCCAACAACGUCCCUCUCGCAGACCCGAGGUUCAACAUCAGCUCCGGGGUCGAUAUCCUCGUUGGUGGAGAACUGUUCUACUCCCUAAUGCUUUCGCAUACGAUCAAUCUACGCGCUGGUUUCCCGAUACUUCAGAAGACUGUUUUCGGGUACGUUGUCGCUGGUCGACUAUCAACAGCAUCUCGUACUUCUCCGAUUCGUGUAGUUAGCGCUACCACUAGUCUCGACAAUAAGCUUCAGCGCUUUUGGGAGGUCGAAAACUUCGACGGUUACAAGGCGAUGACUCCGUUGGAAGAAGUGUGUGAGGAGCAUUUUCGAAGCACAGUCAGUCGAUCAAGUGAUGGUCGCUACAUGAUUCGCCUUCCGGUACGGGAUGAAAUGAUUCAACUGCUGGGAGAUUCUUUCGCGGUAGCCCAACGCCGAUUCUGGGCAAUAGAGCGGAAAUUUGCGGCAAACCACGAGUUUAAGAGCGAAUACGUGAAGUUCAUGGAGGAGUAUGCGGCACUAGGCCAUAUGGAGUUGAGUCGUCGCGUCGAAAUUCCCCAGUUUGUACUGCCACACCAUGCCAUCUUCCGCCUCGAUAGCUCCACCACGAAGACCCGCGUUGUCUUCGACGCCACCUGUAAGGGCAGUUCCCAGUUGUCGUUGAAUGAUGUGCUACUCGUUGGUCCGAUCGUGCAACCUCCUCUUCUCGCUAUCGUCCUCAACUGGCGGAUCCCUCGUUUUGUUUUCAAGGCUGAUAUAGAGAAGAUGUUCCGCCAGAUUUGGGUUCAUCCUCUGGACCGCAGGUUUCUGCAAGUGCUGUGGCGGACAAGUGCAACCCAACCUCUUCAGCGAUACCAGCUCACCACGGUGAUCUACGGGACGUCAUGCGCACCUUACCUGGCCACACGUGUGCUUAACCAAUUGGCAGAGGACGAAGGGCACCGAUAUCCGCUUGGUGCAAAGGUCAUCCGGAAAGGAUUCUACAUGGACGAUGCUCUUUCAGGAGAAGACGACCUGGAAACUGCUAUUGAGACAGUGAUACAGCUGACGGAACUGCUGAAGCUGGGAGGUUUCAACUUGAGGAAAUGGAGCUCCAACGAUCCUCGGAUUCUGACUCACUUGCCGGAUGAACAGAAGGAGCUCGCGCCGGAAACUGAAAUCGACGAUUCCGGAAACAUAAAAACACUAGGUUUGUUGUGGUCGCACUUCACCGAUGAAUUUGGAUUCAAAAUCCCUUCGCUUCCGCCCUCGAACAAGGUCUCCAAACGAGUGGUGGCCUCCGAGAUGGCACAGUUAUUCGACCCGCUCGGACUAGUCGGAUCAGUGGUGAUGAGUGCCAAAAUGUUUAUUCAGAAGCUGUGGGCGAUAGGAAUUCCUUGGGAUGAUGACCUUCCGGAGAACCUUCGAGAUUGGUGGCUGCGUUUCCGUGAAGAAAUUCCGCAAUUAGCAGACCUGAAGAUCCCACGUCGAGUUCUCGCGAACGACUUCAACAGCUACGCAUUGCAUUGCUUCUGCGAUGCUUCCGACCACGGCUACGGCGCCUGUGUCUACGUGGUUUCGUCGGAUGGGGCUGGAAAUUACUACAGCCAACUUCUCAUAGCCAAAUCGAGAGUCGCACCACUGCGUGGACUUACAACCCCGAAACUGGAACUCUGUGCUGCUGUGUUAGGAUGUCAGCUGCUGGAUCAAGUCCGAAGCACGACUAGAUUCGCCGGAGUAGUGACGUUCUGGUCGGAUUCCAGUAUAGUUCUACACUGGAUUCGAUCGCCGCCUACCGUUUGGAAGGUGUUCGUGUCGAAUAGAAUAGCAGAAAUACAGAAACUAUCAAACAACGACAGCUGGCGCCAUGUUCCGUCGAAGGCCAAUCCGGCGGACAGGAUAUCUCGUGGAGUUUUACCGUCCGAAAUACUCGAAGAUUCGCUGUGGUGGCAUGGGCCUAACUUUCUCGUUCAGGCCGUCGAAACUUGGCCUGAAGACAUCGUGUCACUCACUCGUGAAGAACAGGAAGUUCGUGAUGUGGAAGCUCGCCAGGUGGUUACCUUCGCGGUGACCCACGUGGAUCACUCGAUCAUCCAUCGAUACUCGGAUCUUGGAAGGUUGCUUCGGGUAGUUAGUUACUGCUUCCGAUUCUGUCGAAACGCUCUAAGUCCGCAAAAUCGUCGCAAAGUUGGUCCUCUUCAGCCGCCCGAAGUGGAUUACUCGCUUAAAUCGCUCAUUCGUUCCGUCCAAGGCACAAAAUUCCCAGAAGAAAUUCGUUGUCUCUCGGCGAAUCCUCAGCCGCGACUAACCAGCAAGGACCGGAAACUCCAAUCGUCGUUCAAGUCGCUCAACCCGUUUCUGGACAACACAGGCCUCCUACGGAUAGGAGGACGCUUAGCAAAGCUGUCGGCCUCUUUGGAUACCAGAGCACCAAUUCUUCUACCGGCCAAACAUCAUCUGUCUUGGUUAAUCGCUCGCUCCCUUCAUCUAAGGACCCUUCAUGGAGGACCAACCUUGCUACUGGCUACCAUUCGGCAAAGAUUCUGGCCUCUGCGUGGACGCGAUCUCGUUCGUAAAGUCGUUCGGCAGUGUGUGACCUGCUUCCGCUGCGCCCCGAAGCCGACGGAGCAGUUCAUGGCUCCUCUACCGUCUGUGCGAAUCACGCCGGCACGAGUGUUCGCGAAUAGUGGUAUGGACUACUGUGGGCCCUUCGGUAUUCGUCCGUUAGUUGGGAGGGGUGCAAACGUGAAAAUGUACGUCGCCGUGUUCGUUUGUAUGGUGGUGAAGGUGGUACACCUCGAGGUAGUCACCGACCUUACGUCCGUCGCGUGUAUCAAUGCGGUGAAGCGGUUCGUCGCACGUCGCGGUCGCGUAGUGAAUUUGUAUUGCGACAACUCGACAGCAUUCGUCGGAGCUGAUCGAGAACUGAAGCAGCUUCGUCGCCAGUACCUUCAGCAGUAUUCGACAGAACAGUGGAAUGGAUACUGCCUGGAGAGUGGAAUCACGUUCCACUUUAUCCCUCCUCGUUCCCCCACCAUGGUGGCCUGUGGGAAGCGGGGCCACCCGCAAGAUCUGUCCAGCCUUACUCCCGGUCACUUCCUUGUGGGAGAGCCUUUGUUUUCCAUUCCAGAGCCCGACUACACCACACAUCCUGUUGGUCGGCUCAACCGUUAUCAGGAGAUGAAGCGCAGUGUCCAGGAUUUCUGGAAACGCUGGGCACGUGAGUACGUCAGCGAGCUCCAUCAGCGUUCAAAGUGGCAACGUGUGCGGGACGAAGUGAAGGUGGGAUCCCUGGUCCUGCUGAAGCAAGAAGGUCUUCCACCCCUCGAAUGGAACUUGGGUCGUGUCGUAGCGGUAUCACCAGGAUCGGACGGCCACGUUCGGGUCGUCGAGGUUCGAACAGCGAAAGGAUACUACACACGAGCAGUGACUGAAGUCUUUCUGCUACCUAUCGAGGAGCCAGUCGUUGAAAUGCCGGAGGCGGACGAGGAGGAUAGACCAACCGGUCCGCAAGCGAAAGCGUCUGUCGGAGAUCUUUGA